AUGGCGAAGCUGAAGGUCGGGGUUCUCAUCUCCGGCCGCGGCAGCAACCUCGCGGCGCUGAUCGAAGCGGCGCGGGCCGCGGACUAUCCCGCCGAGAUUUCCUGCGUCGUGAGCAACAAGGCGGACGCGCCGGGUCUCGCGAUUGCCUCGGCGGCCGGCGUGCCGACCGCCACCGUCUCCCACAAGGACCAUCCCGACCGCGAGAGCUUCGACCGGGCCGUCUCGGCCGAACUCGAACGGCAUGGCGUCGAGCUGGUCGUACUGGCGGGCUUCAUGCGCAUCUUCAGCCCGUGCGUUAAUCUUCGCUCUUGCCACUACUGCGCUGACGCUCUUCUGGCACAAUCGAUUCUUCCCCCAUACGCGUAUUCUCGUCGCCGUUUUUGGAGGAACUUUCGUUGCCGGCGAGGUGAUGAACGUCUAUUCGCAGCCGCAGGACCCGCAGAUGCAGAUCAACGUCAUGCCCUGGCUGACGAUCGCGGCGGCCCUGGUCACAGCUCACGCGGCCCGCACGCACCGGCGUGCGGCCCUGACGACAUUCGCCUGCCUGUCGGCAAGCAUUCUCGCCUACAACGUGCACGCCCUGGCCGCGACGCGCGGCGAGGACACGCGCUGGCAAAACACACUUCAACGAAUCGAGGAGCACGUCCCGCCCGCUAG